UAGUCAGUUCUGCCACAGGAGUGGCGUCAUCCUUGAGAAGUGCUGCCUUGACAGCUGAAAAUGCAUUUAAGGAAGGGAACUCUCCAAAGGAUGCUGUUCUGCACAGGGCACUCACACGGUCACCUUACUCCUCUUUGUCCAUUGUUGGGUUGUCUGGAGGGAACUUAUUGUCAGUUGGUCUCAGACAGAAUUAAGGGAAACAUAAUGAGAUCCAGUUAAUAAAGAACAAAAUAAUGGGAUAUAAUUAAUAUCAGUCAGGAAGGAUUUAGGGAAAAUGGGUCUUGUUCAUCGAGUUUUAGUAGAAGCAGGUAUCUGGGUAAAUGUGAUAAGGAUUGUCAGGGUUUUGUCCUAGAACAACAUGACCCUAAAAAAUAUGAUAGUGACAAAUAGAUUAAAAACUUACUUCACAUUUCAUAAAGCAGUUGUUAAGGAAAAGACUCAAUGGGAGGAGGAUCUUUUGAAGGCCUGGUGCUAUUCAGCAUUUUCAUUUCAUUUGGGGCAAGCAUGAGUUUAAACCUCGGUAAAUUCACAGAUGAUAUGCCCAUUAGAAGGGUUGUAAAUAGUAUUGAGGGUGGGGAAGUUGUAUAGACCUGUUGGGACUUUUUUCUCUCUCUCCAAGUAAAAUGUGUUUUCUUACGUAUUUCUCAAUGUAAUGUUCUACACGGUUGUACCAGCAGGGCAGACAGGGACUGCACAGUGUCCAGGUGAGGUGCAGUGCUGCACCAAGAGCUUACUGUGGUCUUGGGAGAUGCAACCAGAAGCUGUGAAGAUGAGAGUACAAGCUAAUUUUUACCUCUGUACAUGUUUUUGCGCUAAAACGCGGUCUCCGAUUCUGCUGUGCACGUUCUCAAAAGGGCAUUUAAAACCUGGGGAGGUCAUUAAAAAGAUUCAAGGGCAGGAUUAAAAAUGCCAGAGCAUGAGAAACAUAAAGAGCUCAGUCUGUUUAACUUGUCAGAAAAGAUUGAGAGAUGACUUGAUUCUGUGCUGCAGAAGAGUUUUUAUAGCCAGAACACAAAGCAGCCCUCGCAGUCGAGAAGGGCAUUAAAAAACCUGAUGGGUGAAAGCUGAAACCAGACGAAGUUAAGUCACAUCUCUAAAUGUCAGGUAGUAAAAUAAACUGCACAGGCAAAUGGCAGAUACUUCAUCUCUCGAUAUCUUCAAAUUCAGAGUGGAUGGCUUUUAGAAGAUAUUCUUAGGCCAAAUGUAAAUUGUUUGGCUGAACAGAGCAAAAUCUAAGCGCCUGUCAACAGAGAACUUGGCAAAGUGUCUGCUGGUCCCUUCUGGUUCUUGGCAUCUGCGAGGUGAUGUGUAUCUUCAUCCUGGAUAUUUGAGCAAAAAAUGUCUUCUUCCCAAGGUCAUCCUGAAGCAGAACCUGCUCUUCAGCUGCACGUUGCACUGCAGGCCUGACUGGCUGCUUAACCUUUGCCAUUUACUGCUUAAUUGGAAAAGGCGCAGGGAAUAAAUCUGGAGACAUGCAGAAAAUGUCGAUCAACUCUUACUUAUUCCAGAUACUGCUGAGAAUUAAAUUAAGACAAAUGGUUUUGCCACAGCGCCCACAUAGAUGCCUAUCAUUUACCUUCUUAAUAUGCAAAGGUGUUGAAGCUCAGUAUUUCAGGUAAGGGAGAAGGCGCAACCCCUACGCUGUGCUCCACAUUGACCAGAAAAGGUUGCUAGUGGGUGACUUGUUGUUUGUGAAGUGUUUUCACUCUGCAGAUGAGCAAUGCAUCUUUGUCCACAUUCAUUUCCUUUCUCUGCAGACCCUUUCCAGGUGCGGUGCUCCUCAUCUGCCCUUCUCUCCCAACUGAAGGGGUUAAAACACUGUGUUUUUAUUACGUGCUGAUUACAGGUAAAGUUUAACCAAAGGGUUUGUAUGAGUAGUUUAGGAACCUGUGUCCCAUUUCUGAUUGCAUCUGUGGUGCUGGUGCUGAUCUCUUAUCCUCUUAGUCUCGACUCCAUCCGCAGUGGUUUGGGAGCUUGCCUUUUUGGCAAAACAGGCUACUCCUCUCCUGUUCAAGGGAAACUUCUGGCAAAAAGAGGCUGGAGGGGAAAAAGGCUGGAGAAACCUUUCUCCAGAAUAAUGGGAGAUGGUUUCUGAGAUGCAAGAGCUGCUGUGCAUCUCUGUCUGGAAGACGAGGGAGGAACAAAGGAUUCUUGUCAUCUCUUCCUGUCGUCAUCUAUUUCAGAGUUUCUCCAUUAUUUUUUUAAUAAGAAUAUCCAUGUCAUAGCUGUAAAAGCAAUGAGAAAUACUAGAAAAGCACCCACUCGUAGAAAGCCAGCAGUACAAAGCUGUACAUGGGGUGUUAUAGCUGAUCUUGCCCUGUGCCAGCGCAGUCAUCUCCAGUGCAGGGCUCUGGUGCUGCCCAUCCUCCAUGGUGCCAUCUUUCCUUGUCUUUGGGCCCUUCUGCUUUAUGUCCUUAGCUUUGACUCAGGAGAUGGCCAAUAGAAGACGUCAAGUACCUUGGGUUGCUCUAAAGCCUUGCUCUGCCCCAACCCUCUUGUUUGUUGUCAGAUGUGAAUGCAGAGUCUUCUAAGUAUGAAUGUCUCAUUAGAUUGGGGAAAUAAGAGAUUUUUCUAAACAGAUGUUGCAUAGUUGGGCACCUGGGCAUUUUUAAUUUGUUUCCUACAUUUAUGUCAUGUGCUGCUUUGACUCUGGUUGCAUACCAAGGCUCUUUUAAGGACUAACCUAAAAGGUGCAGAAGGAUGAGCGUUCUGAGAGUGCAGGUGUGACGGAGGGAUGGACAUUGAUGGAUGUAGAAGACUAAAAGAUUGUUUGCGGAGGCGAAUGUGAGGCAAAUUAGAUGGACCAUAAAAUCUUCAUACGAGGCUGUGGGAUGCUCUUUGAAGGGAACCUACAAACCCCAACAGAGGAUCCAGCAAUCAGGCAUGUAGAAGAUGGGGAUGGUCGAAGACUCAAAGGAGCCAUCCAGAGGAGCACAGAAACUGGGCUGGCUGUGGAAAUGCCCAGCCGGACCGUCCGUCAAGCCAGCCAUGAGUCCAUUGAGGACAGCAUGAACAGCUAUGGAUCAGAGGGAAACUUGAAUUUCAGUGGAGUCCAUCUGGCAUCUGCUGGGCAGUUUAGUGACUUCCUGGGCAGCAUGGGCCCCGCACAGUUUGUUGGGCGUCAGACCUUGGCCACCACCUCGAUGGGGGAUGUGGAAAUUGGCUUGCAAGAGCGAAACGGGCAGCUAGAAGUGGAUAUCAUUCAGGCUCGAGGACUGACACCAAAACCCGGCUCCAAAACACUGCCAGCUGCUUACAUCAAAGCUUACCUGCUAGAGAAUGGCGUGUGCAUUGCGAAAAAGAAGACAAAAGUGGCUCGCAAGUCAUUAGACCCUUUGUACAAUCAGGUGUUACUGUUUGCUGAGAGUCCCCAGGGCAAAGUAUUACAGGUGAUAGUCUGGGGAAACUAUGGAAGGAUGGAGCGCAAGCACUUCAUGGGAGUCGCCAGGGUCCUCCUGGAAGAACUGGAUUUGUCAACUUUAGCAAUUGGCUGGUACAAGCUUUUCCCAACCUCCUCGAUGGUAGAUCCCACUACAGGCCCGCUCCUGCGUCAGUCCUCACAGCUUUCCCUGGAGAGCACAGUGGGACCCUGCUGUGACAGGUCUUAGUGAGUAAGGAAGGGGGAACUGCUUUUGUUUUUUAAACAUGCUGUCAAGGUUUUGUUUGCUGGAACUCUGACCUCAAGCGCAAUGCAUGUUCAAACAGUUCUUAUGGAGCUGGAAGAGGAGGAUAAACCAGUGACCUUAGACAGAAGAUGAGGGGGAGGGCGCUGUGCCCUCUCCAUCCGAGGAGGAGGUGCCGUGGGGCAUGAGUCCUAGUUGUCAAAUUAGACAUACACCUCUUGUUUCACUUCUCUCGCUGUCAUUCUUGGACCCUUGUUUCAGAUCAGUAUUAACCCUGGAAAGUUGCAGCAUUUGGAAGAAUUUGGGGGGAGUAAGGAAGGAAUUUUUCUUGACUGUGCAUCUUAGAAAUUUCUAAUACAGAUUCUUUCAUGAGAAGGUACCUGAGAAAUUCAGAGGCCAGUAUCUGACCUGAAAGAGCAGGAGCAGAAAGUUUAAGAGGAAGCAUUAGGGUUUUUAUAAGGUCUUUCUUCUUGAAAGGAAGAAAAGAAAGAAACCUGCAACUCUUUCUUUAGAAUCAGUUCCCUAUCACUGAGUCAUGUUAACUGUAACACUGUCAUUGCUGUGUUUCCAAACUGUGCCAAAUUACCAGCAAGUGUCUUUACUGCAUUACUUGUCUAACACUGCUGAUAAAGCAUACUUGGUGGGAGAAUAAGUAGCGCCUACUUAGACCAGACAGUCUGAACAGAGUUUGAGUUGAGCAGGCUAAUUAACUGCAAUUUUGCUCAGAAAAAAAGCCACUAGAAGUGGGAGCUGAACAUCAGACUUGCAGCUUGAGAUAUGUUUUGUAUGGUCAGAUACAACGUUCUGCAAUUUACUGACUUCCUUACUUGUUGUUGUGCAUCCUUCAGUCAUGAUGUCUUCUAUCUCCUGCUUUUCUUCCAUCUCCUUUGUGCUGGUACGUAUCUGCUGGAGAUGCUGCCCUUCCUGUUGUGCUGUAGACUGACCUGAAACAGGACUCUUUUAUUCUGCCGUGGGAGAGGAGAUUGAGGUUUCUGUGGGUGCAGAAGAAAGAAACCUCAGUUUGUCAUCUGACAAAAAGGUGAUGGAGAGCACAUAACCUUCCUUGAGGAGAGAGGUGCUUUAGGCAGUCUUGGUAGUACACAGACAUUGUCAAGUGUUCUGCAAGAGGAGAUGCAAUCCCCAAAGUAUGGAGAGGCGGUAGGUGAGGAAUCUGAAGACGCAGUGGUCACAGCAUGUGUAUUUUGUUCUUUGAAUGCAACACUAGCUGUAAACAAGUCUUGUAGGUUAAGCCAGCAACACACGUUCUCUGAGCUGCUGAGCUCUGGUCAGCAGUCACGUGCUGGAGUAAAUGCGCUGGAUCCUUCAGACAAUUAAAAUCAUCUUAUCCACAAAUCACAGAGAAUCUCCAGAGAUUUUCUGUUGAAUGACCUGUUUUGGCUAGGUUUUGUCUUAGUUCCUCAUGAGGAUUUGAGGGCUGCUGUCUCAGAAUCAGCUUUUGGAGAUGUUUUACUUUGUGAUUUAAAAGUGAAGGUCCCAUGUCACGUUUAGGAAUGAGCAGAUUCUCGACCUGUUGUAGGUGCACACUGAACAUUUAUUUCUGCAUGUGGACCUCAGCUUCGUUAGAAUAAAAGCAUGAGUGUUGAGUGGAUGGUAAAAGCAGUUGCUUUUGGUCCUAGCUUGUCUAUGGCAUUUUAAAUUAUUUUGAGAUAAAUUACAGGAUAGAUGCAAAAAUAAUAGGCCUUAUAGUAAUCUCUGUAAAAAACUACAUAAUAUAAAGGAGAGGGAAGGAGGAUGAGGGACAUAGAAUGAAUAGUUUUUUUAGUCUUCAGUGGCAAAAGCCUCAACAUUUCAGAUAAAUCUCUUAAUUUCCUUGAUCAAAUAUGUCUCUGGCCUCUCACUAAUUAUUUUUUCUAAUCGUAUUAGACAAUUUCUAUAUAUUAGCUGAAGAAAGUUUGUUGCAUGCUGGUCAAACUAUGUUGUGGCUCUCUCUUUUAGUUUUCUUUUGGAAAAAAAAGCACAUUUACUGUAAUUCAAGUCAGCAUCUUUUCCUCUUGGUAUGUAGUGAGUACUAGGCAAUAUUGUACAAUAUGUGUAUGAACUAGAAUAGAUUAGGUAGAUUUAGUGGUUUGUAGCACUGGAUCUUUUAAUAACUAUGUCUUUAAAAGGACUUUGGGGAGCUCCAGGUACAUGCCAGACCUGGCAGCUGAGUAACAGGGCUUUUGUCUUAAGUUAUGCUGAAAACUUUAUAUUGGUACUUAGUUUGGACAUUAUCUACCAAUAAUAGCUAGUUAAUCAUGGUUUUCCUGUGUCCAGUAAGAUAGAUGCAAUGUUUUUGCAGUCUUUAAUGCGGAGUAGGAGAGUAUAUAUGCCAAAAACAUUCCCCCAGAAAACUUUGUUUGAUGACUGUCUGUUGAAAAGCUCAGUUGCUGUAUGCCUGGCGAAUGUGACGUGUCUCUAUAUCCUACCCCUCCAAAAGCUCUGCAAGCUCAGUGACGAUCAGUUUAGUUACAAUAGGACUACUUAAUACUGAGGACUAUCUUCCGUAUGGUUUUAAUUGUGCUGAAAUGUCACUGUCAGGGUAGGGGAAAAAAAACCCCAACAAGUUACAGUUCUACUUGUGUUAUUUUUGUCAAUGUCUCAGAUUCUGACAUUUGGAGGCAGUUUUAACAGUCUGCUCCGUCCUGUUUUCUUCUGCAUUUUUUACAUGGUUGAUUGUAGUCCAGUGGUUCUCGCUUUUGUUUCUACUCACUUCCAAGUCCUGUUUCUCCCCAGUAAGAGAACGUUGCAACCCCUGGCUGCCACACACAGCACAGUCACAUGAACUGGCAAGUGCAGUUGAUCUUCCUUCACGAAGCAGACUUACAGGAGCCCUUCUGAGAGCACCCACAGGUCGCAGAGUGAGGCCAGGAGGGUUGCACAGUACCCUGCAGCCUUAGAUCCUUGCUUCACGCACACCCGUGAUUCCUGCACUGACCACGUUGUAUUACAGUUAAAACAAAAGUCUAGUUAUCCAUCAAUUUAAAGACUCUCAAUAUUGCAUCCAAGGCAAGUCUUAAGCUUGGAAUAGCUUAUUUUUAUAAAGCUUAACCUUCUCCUUCCCCCCCUCCCAAUUUGACUUGCCAGUUUGUCUAAGGUGAUGUGAUAUGACAGUUGGGAUUGCCAGUGUGGUUGUGUAAAAAGUGGCAGUUUGCUGGAAUGGUGAGCAUCUGAAAACUGAUUUUGGUCCCCUUUGCAAGUCCUGAAGGAGUUUUUCUUCCUGUGUCUGAAGCUGUUAUAGUCAGGGAGGGGGAGAGAGAGGAAGAACAGGAGACUUUAAAAAGGAAAAAGAGGCAUCAUAGUACUUUUGUUCUGUGAGCGAUGAUGAGGGGUAAGACUGAGGAGGGAUAAAUAAUAAAUACCUGCCCAGCUCAGGGUUGAUUCCCCGUUCCUUGUGCAUGGAAUACCACAUUCUAAUAGUAAUGGGAGGAUUGCUUGUCAAAAGAGAAAAUGGAGAACUGGUUCCUAAAUGUUAUCUGCAUUACUAUUACCAUGGAAAACAAAGGAAUGCUGGUGCUGGGAGCAGAAUGAUCUCUCCGCAGCAGGAAUCCCCUGCACACAGGGAGCACAGCCUCGCACGUGGCUUUGUCCUCUUUGUGGUCUGAGCAAAACGCAGCCGUGACCGCGGAUAUAGUCCUGGGUUGUCCAGGAAAAAGAUGUGAUACUUUCCCAGUCUCCUGGUGUUGCUUUCCCUUUGCCCCAGCACAGCUGGGAUGUCACAGAGCCAACACAAGGUCCUCACUCUGUGAUUCAAUCCGUGGGUCCUCAUCCCACAGCCAAAGCUGCGUGGGCAGGCUGGAGCAUCCCUUUGGCACUGUCCAUGGGUGUUCGUGUCCAUGGGCAGGGUAAGGGCCAGGUGACUUUGUUGUUUAGCCAAGUACGUCCCCACUUCUUGGCCAUGGAUUGUUUCAAAGGACAUUGCAGAAUUAUUUGCUUUGAAUGAAAAUCUCUCUUUAUUGUUUCUAGCUACCAGAUCCUUUAUCAAUGUACUGUUCUAAAUUUGCAGGUCUUCUGGAGUAUGAAUAUCACAAGUUCCUGUAAAGGAGCUGUUUUUAAGAUGUUGAGGCAGUUAACAGAAUCUCAACCUAAGCAUGUUUAGUAAUGUUUAGACAGCAAGACAACUUUUUUAUGAGACUCAUUUUAAGUUAGUUUAUUACAUGCUGUUGGUAAUAUUUUAAAACAGGGAAAAUAUUUUUCUUUAAAGACAAAAUGAUGUAUGUUUUUUAACAGAUAAUUUAGUGUUUUCAAAAAUGUUUAAUGUUCUUGGUAUGAUGUUUACUCAUUCUUUUGAUUUCUGUGUUCCUUGUUCUAUUUUAUCAACUUUUUUCCACAAGAAAAGAGGCAUAUGUAAAUAAACACCAGAAAAGAGUCCUAUAAGAAAUUCUGUUCAAACUGGCCAUAGAAUUAUUAGUAAAUAUUUGUUAUUGUUCAUUAACUCUCAGCUACUAUUCAAGCCUUUGUUGAAAGAAUCGCUGUUGUAUUUUCAAGAUGAGAACUACUUAGCUAGUUUUGUCAUAAUCCUGUACUCUGUAUAAAAAUCUUUUUAUAAAGAAAGUCUAAUAGGCUAACAAGCAAUAAUAUAUUCCAUUUGGUGUGCACAGAUUGUGACUUGCAGGCUGUAGUACAUAUUGUUGAUACAGUUUAUAAUUGUCUUCAAUCUCAGUGACAUCACUUUUGAAAAAGAUCCAUAUUAACUUUGAUUGUUAAAAAAACGACAAAGACUGGGCUGAUGCCUUGUGAGAUAUAUUCAUCCUAUAGACUUCUCUGUGAGUAUAUGUGCCCAUCGCCAUGAAAUCUCUCUUAGGUGAAGAAUGAAACAGCUGUAGGUGACUCCAUACUACAGAGCUAAGAUAUAGUUUCAAUAUAAACUUCAUGACUGUUUUGAACUCCCUGUUUUUCUUAGGCUAUCUAGUAUUUGUAGCUCAAUGAGAAUGGUUCCCACUGCCACUGUAGCCCUGAUAAAGCAAAAAAGCCUCUGGGGCCACAUGAGUUCUGCCUGACAGCUGCCUAUUUUCCUCGAGGUACCGGGGGCAAACUAAAGGGAGGGUUUUUUCUCAAAGCAGCGCAUUGAGCUGCUCUUCUUUAAAGGCUUUGUGGGUUAUUUUGUCCAUUUCAUAGGUGGUAUUUGUCCAUUUCGUUAGGAAAUUCCACCCAAGGCAGAGGGAUCGCACCUUCGCAGAGCAGCACGGGGCCCGACAUGGAACAGGCUGUUCUGUGCCAUUCUUCAGGAGUCAGCUAAUGCUGGGCUCAUCUAAAGAUUUUUCCAAAGUGGCAGGAUCAGGGUAUUGGAUUUUAAGUCAGCUCUAUUGUUGAUGCAGUGCAGAAAAUAAAACAGCUUCAGAGCAGCAUCCCAGUUCAUUGCCUGUGGAUUUCUCACAGCAUUUUCCAUAGGAAAAAUCUUCAUGUUAUCGUGGAAUGGUUUGGGUUGGAAAGGACCUGAAGAUCAUCUAGUUCCAAUGGCAAGGAAUCCAGAGAAUCCAAUCUAGUUCCAUGGGCAGGGAUGCCUCACACUAGACCAUGUUGCCCAAGGCUCUGUCCAGCCUGGCCUUGAACACUGCCAGAGAUGGAGCAUUUACCACUUCUUUGGGCAGCGGGUUCCGGUGCCUCGCCACCCUCACAGUAAAGAACUUCUUCCUUAUAUCUAACCUAAACUUCCCCUGUUUAGUUUUAAUCCAUCACCCCUUGUCCUGUUGCUACAGUCCCUGAUGAAGAGUCCCUCUCUGGCAUCCUUGUAGGCCCCCUUCAGAUGCUGGAAGGCUGCUCUGAGGUCUCCACGCAGCUUCUCUUCUCCAGGCUGAACAGCCCAAAUAUUCUCAGCCUGUCUUCAUACAGGAGGUGCUCCAGCCCCCUUAUCAUCUGCGUGGCCUCCUCUGGACUUGUUCCAACAGCUCCAUGUCUUUCCAUGUUGUUCUCAAGAUUGGCCCUGCAAGCAGCAGGUCACUGGCCCAGUGAUGCUGGGAGCCACGAUGGAUGGUGAAAUAAUUCACGUUUUUGUUGUGAAAUGCUUUGAGAAAUAGAAGAGACAUGUAAAUGCAAAGCGCUGUCAGCAGAGAGGUCCAGGGCUUAUUGAGACCUGGGGUGAGGGAGGUGAAACUCUUCAGAAGGGGCUGGCAGGUUGUGCAGUCAGUAUCUCAUUCCUUUGUCUGAGCCCUUUGCCUGUGCAGGACCCAGCAGCCAAGUCUGGGGGACACUGGUGAAACCUGGCAUGGCAGAGCCCCGGAGCUGCCCCCCUGUGCCCUGCGUGUAUCCGAUGGCCUGCCCGGCUUUCCAGCGUGCCUCUGCGAAUGGGCAAUUCCCCAGGGAGUUUGUAAGUGAUCAGGUAUUCUCAAAACGUGGCUAACGAGGCUUUAACCCACACUGCCAGACUCUUCCUCUCUGCUCAGUGACCAGCCCCAGCCUCUCACCCAUCACAGCAGCGUCAGACUCAUUCUUGGAGAACCUCAAGCUCUCCUCAUGGUGUAGACACCCUUUUGCCUGCCCUUCCCUGGGGGAGCUGCUCUCAUCCUCGUGGAGGAGAGGAACCAGGGAGAGUUUCUUGUAGCAUUUGGUUCUUUGCCCUUUAGCGGCUGAAACUGAGAAGGAGCCAACACCAGCCCUUUACAGAGCACCAGCAGAGGCUGUGACCUAAUGAUUUUCUCUUGCUGACUCUCCAGUAGCUAAAAGGGUAACCAAAGCUGUGUUGUUAAACCCCUCUGCAGUGUCAGUAGACAGCCUUUGCAUUUACACUGCAUGUUGGGCACCGUGUGUGGGCUUAAGACCCCUGUGCAUGGGGAGGAUGGGCUCUGGCUUGCAGAGAGGCCACGUCCAGCUCUGCUCGCUGGGCAGUGGUGGGACAGAAGCAACCCAAGGGAAGAAUGGAGGCACAUCUUCUGCCAAAGCCAUGCCCACAAGCUUUCCAGGAGCUAGGUUUUGUAGGUGCUUUGGCACCGCAGUUGGGGAUGGCUGCCCGCCAGGGCUCCAGAUCCCACUGAACACCAGCCUGGAACUUUGAGUCCUGCAGCAGUUUUUUCUUUGGGGCUGUUCCUCCUUACCCGCUGCUGCCCGCUGGUUGCUGCUUUGGUGAUUCCAUCUCAACCUGGAGCUGGUUUUGGCUUUGUUUGGAGCAAGGAAGAGUGAGGUUUGGAGAGCGAAUCCAGGGCACGUUUCCCCAGCCUCACUGUGCUGGGGCUGCAGUGCCUCCCCAAGCCCCCUUCCUGCAGCACUGCCAUGGCCUGACACCCUCCUGGGAUGCCAGUGUCCUGCCCACGUUUUGUGGCAGUCCUCAAUUCAAACCAUGGGGGAUCCUUCCUUUCCUGUCCUUGGGAGGAGCUGGGGGUCUUCUGCAGCCGACACCAGAAGGCAGGGAUGAGGAUGGAGCUGCCUCUAUGCUGGCCAGGGAGAAGGGGAGCUCCCAGCGAGCUUUCCUCCAGGUUCCCUUUGCUUUCCCCUGCACCCGCUGCUCCCUACAUGGGUUCUCCCUUCCCUCUCAGUACGAGGCCUUAUUCCAACCUGAGGGGACUAAGGCUGCCACAGCAUCUCUUUGCACUGAAGCAUCCAUCACACGCUGCCUGGGUGGUGCUGCAGAGCUGGCCUCUGCUUGGACAUGGAGCCACCACCCCAGCACAUCCACGCCGUCACCUCCCCAGCUCUCUGCCUUGUCCUCCCACUGCCCAGGGCCUGGCCAUGGUGGGGAAAGCUGCUUUCGUGGGGUUAAACCUUUUUACUGCAUUAAUUGCUCCACAAAACCCUCAUAGCUUGGCAGGGGCACUGCAUGGCUGCUAUCUCUUCUCUUGCCUUUUCAUAGGAGUGGGAGCAGCUGAUCUGCUCUUUUUUGGCCUCUGUAACCCUCUCCAAAACCUUUUGGAGGUUUUUUAACAUCAUCUGGUGAGAUGUAAUCUCCAUGGGGCCAGAGGGAACACAGGCAAUGGGGCCGGGCAGCCUGCCUGCCACCGUGGCUUGCGAGGUGCAUGGGCUGCCUUGGGUGGAAGGUGGGACACGGUCCCGGCAGCGCCGGUGGGACGCUGGCGCUCAUCUGUAGUCAGGAGAGGAUUCUGAUAGACUUUUUUCCUGUCUGUAGGUUUUAUUCAGACAAUAUGUAAUGAUUGAGUGAUUUACAAUUCAGUGUUAAGCUAAUGAAAACGUUGAUAAUGGUGAUAAUAAAACCGUUUUUUUUUCCUACA